AUGAUCGGAGGAGGUGGUUUAAGUACUAUUAUUUCCAAAAGCAGAGGUAUGGGAGUGUCAGGAUCGAAAUCAACAAAAUCGAAAUGCUUUGUGAUGCAUAAAAUCAAUACCACUUGGGGCCGCAGUUUCCAAGUGGCGCAUGACAAAUUUCGGGAGUACAAAAAUCCAGUCUGUCAUGCUGUUUGGGCAAAGAAGGCGGCUCCUCUCAUGCUACUCUGGCAGCACAUUCCAUACCCCUAAACAGGCUUGCAAUCGGCCUCAUUUGCCUGCUCCCCAACACAGGCCUUACGUGCUCUACAUUUUAUGCAUUACAAAUUUUUUGAUUUUGUCGAUUUCGAUCCUGACACUCUCAUAAGAGGAGCUGAUAGCACCGGAGCUACUCUGCGGAGGUGGCGUUCUUUUCCCUUGACCAUGGUAUUGAUAUUGUUGUUUGUUCCAUGCGGAAUAGGCAUCAGGAAGCCCUCUUCUAAAAAUCUGCAAUGCAGCAGCGAGGGCAUGCAUUAUUACAGCCGUCUUCAUGUUGGGUCAUGCAAAGUACUUAUGUCGAUGACAAACCUGGCAUUAAUCUCGAUCUCCAGACCCAGAUCGAUAUUUGCAUUUGAUAUCUACAUAUCAACUGUAAAAAUGUCUGGAUCUGGAAAAGUGCAACUUGUGAUGCUGCAUUUGGAUUCCAAAAAAAUCUGUAUUGCAUGAGUACCAAAGGGAAUGUAAGUUUUCCUACGCGGAGAGGGCAUUUGUCAUGCGGAAUAGGCAUCAGGAAGCUCUCAAAAAAUCUGUGAUGCUAGGGCAUGCAUCACAGACAUCAAGGCUCAUGCAAAACGUGCGUGACAAGUGUCAGAAUCUUCCAGACCCAGACAUUUUUACAUUUGAUACUACACACAACUUCGCGAUUUUUACAAAACAGGAGCUGAUCGAGAUCGGAGGAGGGGGUUUAUUUCGAUUUCCAACAGUUAGUAUGAAAUGUAAAAACUACGUCUGGGUCUGGAAACUUGUAAUGCUAAAAAUGAAUGAUAGACGGGACGCACUGCAGUACGCAGCUACGCAUGACAAAUUUUUCGGCUGCCAUGUCUUACCUAUUUCGCAUGGCAAACUGCGUUUUUGCAUGACAGGUAAAAGGGCUUAUUUUUCGUGCCUAUGCAACACAGAUUCUCGAGUCAUGCCAGACAAGCAUGACAAACUUGCAUUCUUCCAGACCCAGACACUUUUACAGUUGAUAGUUAGUGCUGGCGCAGCUGCGGGAGGUUGUAGGAAGAGGAACAUCAUCAAAGCAACAACUCUAUGAAUUGCAAAAAUGUCUGGGUCUGGAAGAUUGCUAUGUUUGUCAUGCACAUUUUGCAUGACCCGUGAUGUCUGUGAUGUAUGCCCCAGCAUCACAAAUGUUCUGCGGGCAUCUUGAUGCCUAUGCCGCAUGAGAAAUCCCCUCUCCGCGGAGCAAAAACUGGACGCCUCUUGCUGCUCAUGCAAUACAGGUUUUUUUGGAUUCCAAAAAUAGCAUCACAAGUUGCAUCCUUCCAGACCCAGACAUUUUUACAUUUGAUAAACUCCCCGCAGUUCCUUUAUUUAUACCACGAGCAUUACGGAAACGUGGUGGCGCACGAUCCUACUUCAAUACGUUUUUUUAUGGAGUUCCACUCAAACGCUUUCGGUACAACAUUUUGUUUGUUUGUUCGUGCUCAUGCGGGAAGGUGGGAACGCGUUUACACACCUUUUUUCUCUAGCGCUAUUUCAAGAAAAAUCCCUGUUUCGAAAGCCUGUGAAAAAAGACAACAACUAAAACCACUUUUCCUACCUCUGCUUGCUACCGAAAAAGCCAACUCUUACGCUAAAAUAAAAGUUAUUCCCACACUGAAACUUGAACUACGAUGCUUUGAUCGUUUCCGCUUACUACUCUUUACCUCGUCCUUUCUCGUGCUGAUGUUGUUGCUCAACCAAAAAAUUUCACUACUGUUGUCGAAGUUAAAGUUUCAAAUUUAAGGUCUACAAGUCGCAAAGUCUAUAGUUGAAUUUCGAUCCUUAAGCUUGCUUUCGUUGUGGAAAGUUUUCGAAUGAGGUGCAAGUUUUCUGGACUUACACUGUUUUCCAAAGUCGUUCUGAUUACGAGUUUUUCUGAAAGUUAAGUGCAGGAAGUUGCAGCACUAUUGGUUUUGGUUCGAGUAAAAACAAAGUAGCCCUUUCUGUAAUUUUUCAACUUUUCAAAGUCACGGCACUACAACGGGGCUACGGCACACACUGCACUGGGCUGCUCAGUGGACAUUUCCUCUCUCGCAGGCUGCCGGAUUUUUCCCCCACCGACGGCCCCGCUGCAGCGCGCCUUGCUUCGCCGCCGCUCCGGCCCAUGGAUGUGCCACCGUUCGUCCCUAGUUAUCGCUAUCGGCCAGCAUGCGCAGGUUCGUAACUGGGGUAGCGGGGGGCGCAACAGCUCUGGGCCCACAUACCUGUGGGUUGUGUGUGGGCGGAAGCAGGACAGGCCGCGACAGAAUUCCAUGCAAGCAGAAGCACACUACCACCAGUACUAUCAUCUGCAUCAUCGUCAGCAUGUAGUCGCCGGAACGUUCAACAGUACAGAGUACCUGGUGGGUGCACCUCUCCCCGCCUCGAGGGGAAAGAUGCAGCCCGUUCCCGCGUUCGUUGCCUGCGCGGGUGUUCUGCAUUGCUGGUAGGUUGCGCUCCUCCGGCGGCCGUUACACGAGGAGGGAUGUGUGCAGCUGGCAAGGGUGCUAGUGUCAUGUCUCGGUCUUGGGCAUGCUGAGCAGGGCGAACACGAGGUAGCGGUCGUGGGACAGGGAACCUGCGAUGUGACAGCAGGGACGAGACAGGUGCGGCGCACACAGUAGCUCUUCCAAAUCAAAACAAUCUGCUUCACGAAUUUUCGAUGGCCAGGAAGACGGGCGGAACGCAUAACAGAGUACCUGAAGGGUGCGCCCCCUUCGAUGUCUCCCUGAAGGAGGGCGCAGCCCAGUCUCGACGUUUCGCGUUGUGUGCAGGCGGUGGCUACAUCUUCUACCCCGGCCUUGAGAUAGGUAAACAUCACCGCACUGGCAGUCGGCUUCCGCUCCUGCUAGUCGGAUCACAGAGUUUGUCUGGAUGGGUAUUGUCGGCUCGGGUUCAGCGUGUGCUCGUGGUCGAUUUGGUUUCCUUUCUCCCCUCCCGCUUGGAGGGUUGUCUGUGUUUUGGCUUUGUGUGUUACGCUCCUGCGCCGUCUGUCCGGCACCGGCUUCCGGUCCAGCAUAGGUGGCGCACCGCCGGGAACGGCCCCACCAGGGGGGUGAGGAGUUCGUUGGCUUGGGCCAGCGCGCUGGCUACUUCGCGUGGCUUCUUUUUGCACUCCUCUAGGCCCCCGACUCCCGACGCUUCGAAGAAUGGACGGGUCUCCGGGCAGGAUUGGACCAAAUGCGCGGUCGUUGCGCAUUGUACCCCACACAGGGCACAUGGCAUGUCCUCCCCCGACGGUUCCGCGGCCAACAAGCCGAAGCGGAGGGCGUAGUACAGUGCUUGGCUGGUUUUGUCGGUGCUGUCUGCUACCAAGUCUCGUCCCCACCCUCCCGUGGUUGCGAGGGUGGUCGCGGUCUUGCUGUGGGUUUCUGCUUGGUGCUGCCUGUCCUCCAGGUCCUGUCGCAGUGCGUUCCUCACUACUCUCUUGGCCUCGGUUUUGAAUUGGCGGCGCGUGACUGGCUCGCCUUCUUCUUGCAGGUCCGGCUCGUUGGCGAACCCUGCGAGGUGGUCGGCCACCACGUUUCCCGCAAUUCCUGCGUGGCCUGGCACGUAUCGGACUACCAACUUCCUGCAGGACGCGGGCGCAUCGCGUGCCGCGGUGUAGAGUUCCGUGUCCAGGUCAUCCCGCAGCCGCGGAUUGAGCAGUGCGCGCGCGUUGGAUUGGCUGUCGGUGCAGAUGGUGGCGCACUCUGUUCGCAGUGCUUUGGUUGCCACCCCCCGGAGGGCUGCGAUCAACGCCAUUCGCUCGGUCUCAAGCGAGUCCGUGCGCACUCCUACUGGCCAGGCCGCCCCGCCCUGGAUGCCAAAGCCAUGGACGAAGACUCCUGCCGCCCCUUGGAACUCUCGCACUGAGCCGUCGCAGUAGAACACCAGGCCCGAGGACUGUAGCGUGUCCACCAGCGAUGGCACUCCCUCGCUCUGCCAGACGGCGCGAAACCGACCUUGUUCCUCCGCCUCGUGGAGGAGGCUGGCCCCCACGCCCGGCAGGGCUCCGGUUUCGGGUAGGACUGUGGCCUUCGCUGCGUUUGACGCCUCCACGACCCCUAGGGCUGCCGUUAGCCAGUCCGCCUCGGUGUUUUCCGCGGUUUGUCUGAGCCCGUCCGCCUUGGGUCGGGCGAACGCUCUCGCCGUUAGUGCUACGGCCUCGACUUUGUACAGUGCUUCUAGCGGCAAAAGCCCGGCGGUCAUCAGCGCGCAGCUGCGGUUGACCCGCCGGAACUUGGGAAGCCCGAGGAUCGCCGUCGCCCCCUCUAGUUGAUUGCACGCUGUUGAGCGCUGCCUUCUCCUUCGCGCCGAGGCCAUGCCAAUACGUCGGCAAGCCAUAGGCCAGCACACUUUCCACGAAAAGCUGGCAGAACAUCCUCACGGACUUGGUUCCUGCGUGCAUGGAUCUGCUGAGGAUCCGCACGGCAGCCAUUCGCUUGGUGGUUGUUUCGCUGAUCACCUGGUAGUGCUUGCUGAAGGUAAGCCGCCGGCCGAACCACACUCCCAGGAACCUGGGGCAGGCCUCGUAGGCCAGUGGUUCGCCGGAGCCUGUGAGGCGCAACUCGUCGAGUUCGCGCGCAAACUCCGUCUGGAAGACCGUAUGCGCGCACUUCCCGGGGGAGAGCUCCACAUUGCUCGCCUUGCAGAAGUCUGAGACGAUGUCCAGCGCGUACUGGAGCUGUGCCUGUGCUUCGCUCUUCGUGUUCUCUUCGUACUCGCAGGUCAGCGCGAGGUCGUCCACGUACGCCAGCGCCUGCACCUUCGGGCACCGCUCUGCCAGUUCCUGGAGUAGCAUGUCUACAAAACUACACCAGACGAACGGCCCCAGGCACGUGCCCUGGGGCUCCCCUUGCCGGAGUGGCACCGCUUGCGACACUUCUUCGUUGAACCGCACGACCCUCGAACGCCCGGUGACAAAGGAGCGGACCCACCGCGUGAGCAGCAGAGACUCCUGUUUUCUCGCUGCGUUUUUGAACUCGGCGCUCCUGCGUAGCAGCCCAUUGAGGAGCAGCGGGAUCGGCACCCUUUCGAGUGCAGAGCUCAGGUCCAGGAAGCACGCUGCGCGCCUCUUGCCCUUCCGCAGCGAGUCCGCGGCCGCCGCCGCUGGCGUCGCCGUGUGGUCGGUCGCGCUCCUCCCCGGGGUGUCCCCAUACUGGUUUCGUGCGUACAGGGAUAGGCCCUCGGCCUGGGACACUGCUCGCAGCCUCCGGAGCGCCGCGCGCUCCCACACUUUUGCUAGGCAGGGCGUUAGUGCUACCGGCCUUAGCGACUUGGGUAAGUCCCCGGGGCGGCCGGGUUUUGGCACCGGCACGCAAACUUCCAGGCGCAACGCUUCGGGCGUGACGCCUUCCGUGAUGCCCUGUGAAAACGUGUCCCGUAAGAGCUUCUUCCCGUCCUGUGUGAAGUUCUUCAACAUCGCGCCCAGGAUGUCGUCCGGCCCCGCCCCCCCCCUUUGGUUUUUGUCCCCGUAGAGCGAACUCUACGUCGUCUAGGUCCAGCCGCAUCGCCUUGCCCGGUGAGAGCUCUGCCGCGAGGGUGCUGCUGUACGUUGCCCACGCCCCUUGCUCUGAUGCUGGGUCGAGAGCUGGGUGAGAGCCGUAGAAGUGCGCGAGUACACACGCGAGCUUCUUAAACGCGUAGCCCCCCGCGUAGCGCAGCGCGCCGGUGUGCUGUUUCGGUGGGGGCCGCCCCUCCAGCUCGCGCAAGAGCUUGAAGGCGCCGCCUGUACUCUGUUCCUUCUGCUUCCGCGAGUUUGUCCGCGGAGCGCUCGUCCUGCCGGCUGUACUCCGCCUGCGCGACCCUCUUUGUGGCUUGCCGUAGCGCGGUGCGCCACAGCAGCUUCUGUCCCGGCGGGCAGAGUGCUAGCCUGCGCAUGCACUCACCUCGCUCUCUCAAGGCGAGGUCUAGCUCCGUGCCGACGCCGGGCGCCGACCCCCUUGGGCGCUUGUGUCUUUUCCGCGCGAUGUUUGUGCGCGGAAUGCUUCUGCGUGUUGCUUCGAAGAUCGCGGUCCUCAAGUACUCCGCCUUCCCCUCGACGGUUGCUUGCUGGGGGUGCGUUUUGUGCUAGGAAGCGCCCGAGGUCUUCCCGGUAUAACGUGCAGUCCGCCCGCUUCAGGUUCAGUCGUGUGUGCCUUUGCGUGACCGGUGCGGGGUCGCGCCACAGCGCGGGGUCCCAGGGUAGUCGCGUCGGGUCUUCCGGUAGGGGCGCCCCCUCUUGUGCGGCGCCGGUGCUGUUCGCCUCUCGCGCGACCUCCGCCUUCGUCCCCUUCUCUGUGCUGGUGCUCUCCACGGCCCCCGGAAGGCCUGUGUCCUGUGUUGCUGUUGCGCACAGUGCCGCUACUGCGCCGGACGCUAGACACAGCACCGCCCCUAGGCCGGGUAGCGAGCGGAGUCGGUCUUGCUUUGCUGGCGGCGUCGUUGUCCCCUCGGCGGCGGCGCGUGCUUGCCUGUGUUUGGCCGCGCGCAGCUCCCGGAUCCGCUGGAGCUUUUCUUUUCGCAGCGCCCUUUUCUGACUGCCUGUCAGCUUCACCCCGCCUUCGGGGGUCUCUUUCGGUGCUUUUGGGUCGUCCUUUGUCCCCGCUGCUUUUGUCGCGUUUCCGUCCUUUUUUGCCGCCCUUUCUUCGUGCUCCUUUACCGCCGCUACGGAGGUCUUGCCCUUUGCUUGGUGCUCUUUUGUCGCCGGGCGGAUCAGGUCGAACACCAGUGCUGCGUGGUCCCCCCCUAUGAGGACAACACUGGGUCCGGUCGGGUCGACCUCGGACGCCGCGGUGUGCAGGCCUGCUGAGAGCAGGACUACAUCUGGCGACGUUUGGGAACACGGCCGCGUUGCCGCCGCCGCGGUGUAGAACUCCAACGCCUCCGCCCUUGCCCAGUGCUGCACUGCACUGGUUCUUGGCUCCUGGGUGUGGUUCGCAUCCCAGGAGAUUGUUACUUCUACGUUCGCCGGGGCCUCUAUUUGUCUUUUACUUCAUCUACUAAGUCGCGAAGAGUGCUGACGACUUUGAGUUCUGUUUCUUGUCGUCGCAUUUUGCAACUUACAUUUUUGCUCCUGCCAAUAGCUGUAGUACGAGGGUUGCGCACCAGGCACAGAGACGUGCAGCAGAGUGGCAACAAAACUUGGCGCCUUUGUCUUAGCCAUCUACUGUCUUCAGUUGAAGUCAGUUCUCAGUAUUUACAAGUACAAACUUGCAAGCAAAUUUCCGCAUUAGCACCUAUCUUCACACAUCAUUUUCACAAUAUUCCUCGUAUGUUCUCAACCAAAAUCUUCACAGCUUUUUAAAAGCUGUGAAGAUUUUUUAAAAGCUGUAAAAUGUGCAUGGAAGUUGUAAAAUUGUACCCUUAAAGGGUACAAUUUUACAAUUUCCAUGCACAUUUACCAUCCUUUUACGCAUUACAAAUUCAAAAUUUCAAUGUAAAACCAUCUCUCAAUUUUGUCAAAAUCUGAAAUCUGUCUUCAGUUGAAGUCAGUUCUCAGUAUUAUUGCCUCUGAAACAGGUUCUUUUUCUUUAUAGCUGCAUUUGAUAGAGCAGGCCAUUUCGUUUGGAGGAGGUUCGCACUUCUAUAGAUUCCUGGUACGGGGAGAGGUAUAAUGUGCGCACCAGAAUAAUAAUGAAUAUGCUUGCUACUAUCCAAGAUAAACAUAAAGCUCAACUGUAUCACUCUACUCAAACAUGUGCAGACUCACCAACGCAGCAAAUUAUUCGGUCAGCAUAACAAACAAGAAGUACUUAAGUAUGGGAGUGUCAGGAUUGAUGAAAUCGACAAAUUUGAGAUAAACUUGUAAUGCAUAAAAUCGAUACUAGUUGGGAGCCCAGUUGUUUUCAAGCGGCGCAUGACAAAGCCUGGCACCGACUAAAUCCAGUCUGUCGUGCUGUUUAGGGACAGAAGGCGUGGUCUUUUGUCAUGCUACUCUAGCAGCUCUAUCGCAGACCCCAAACAGGCUGACAGUCGGCCUCACUUGCCGUCCCUGCCAGAGGCUUCAUGCCUUGCAAUUUAUGCAUGACAAAUUAUUUCAACUUUGUCGAUUUCGGUCCUAACGCUUCCAUAGUAAACUUGUGACGCGUGGCCACACGCAGCGGAUGUUGUCAAGUGGACGCCGUCUAUGCAUUGCAAAAAUAUCGUGCUCGUAUAAAUGCAUUACAAAUCCCCUUAGCAUGAGAAAAAAAUUUUGUAAUGCGGAUUUGACUUGACAAGAAAAUUUGUAAUGCAUGACUGCAAUACGAGUGCGAUGCUUUUGCACAGGAUUCCGGCGCUUCCUCCUGGAUGUCGUUUUCAAGCACGAUUAAAAAACACAAAGUAGCCACUCAAGGAAUGUCCGCAUUACAAGUUGAGGAGUCCGGGACAAUUUUUUGUCGCGAAGAUGAUAUGCAUGGCACACCUUGCUAAGCGUAGUCAACAGGCCCCAUCGAUAGCGAUACGUCGUUGCGCUAAUGAUAGUGUUUCUGAUCAUAGUGCUGCUGGAUGCUAGUUUUCUGUUCUGGCACUAUUUUUAGUUACCAAAUCUGAGACGGAGCCGUACUAAUAUCUUCUGCGUUUGAUAUGUAACAAGAACUGCAGCUGCGUUUUGGUUUUAUUGGCCACGAGAAGGUAGAAGACGGGGCGGUGGAGUUGUGAAAUGAAAAAAAUAGGGCCAAAUAUUGCUGAGGCCGCGAACUACUGGCCAAAUUUUGCUCCUGAGGCCGCGAACUACUGGCCAAAUUUUGCUGAGGCUGCGAAAAAUAUCAUAUACCUACGUGAGGACGGCCUACCAGAAAAGCAAGGGCUUUAUUCCCUUUCUUUUCCACAGGCAAGGACGCAACAAGAAGUCCGUUUGCUGUCGCGGCGCGAGGUUUUAAGUGUCAACAUGCACUUCAUCUAUCAGCAUCGUUUAAAGAU